UGGCAAUGCAUGGUAUCGUAGUUAACGCUCAGCCCGCAACAUUCCGAGACUGGCUCCGGCUUCUCUGAUUUGUUGUGUUCGGGAUGUCAUGCCACAUUCGUUCGUCUUCGGACAUCUCCCCAUCAUGGCCAAGGUCAUGGCAAAGUAUCCGCCCGGCGCUGCGAGCCAUUACAUAUUCCCCAGGUUGCUGGAACUGUACCCCGAACUUUCCGACCUAGGGGCCCUCUAUGUCGACGUCUGACCCAUCUUCGCGCCCAUGGCUGUAGUCUUCGACCCGGACAUGAUCUCGCAGUUCACCCAUGACCGGUCGCUGCCCGAGCAUGAGCACCUCAGACACCAGUUCAGGCCUUUCACACAGUGCCUCGACGUCCCACCCUUGGGUCCUCGCCCGGGUCCGAUAAGAACACACCACCGUCUUCGGCCAGACCCCUCCCGCGCCCGUGAUCGCAUCGCCGAGUUCCCGCAUCUCUUCAACCAACUUCCCGUACACAACGGCCGUCUCAAGGAAACCCUCCGUUUGUUCCCGCCCGCAGCCUCCAUCCGCGCCCAGUCGGACGCCGACGCCGCCUUCCACCUCACCCACCCAACGACCGGCAAGAUUUUACCCACGCACGUCUUCAUGCUGCUCGACAGCCACUUCACCCAGCACCGCAACCCGCGCGUUUGGCAUGGGCCCGCGGAAUGUCUUGGCCAGAGCUUGCGCUUGUCAAGCUGAAGGCGGUGUUGGCGAUGACGAUGCGCGAGUUUGAUUCGGAGGCGGUUCUCUUGGAUGGCCCGUCGGACGGAGAGAUGUUGCUCGGGAA